AUGGCUAGCGACACCGCUGAUGCGCAGCCGUGUCGUCUGCUCGGAAUCCCACGCGAAGUCAGAAACAUCAUCUACGAGUACUUGACCGUCGAUGACCCCGUCCACAUCACCCACCCAACAGAACCCGGCGCAGAGUCCAAGAACACGGUGGUCCUAGGCAAUGCGCCCAUCGUCAGCGUCUUCCAGACUUGCAAGCAAAUUCGCGCCGAGUACAAGGACGUCUGCUUCAAGAAGGCGAUGAUCUUAAUCUACGCGACCAUGCUCAAUCUCAGAUACGGCUCGUUCGACUUCAAACGUGGCGUCCCCAAGAAGCUGUUCAAGAAUGUCAGCAUGUGUCAUCUCAAGAUCCCCUUCUACUUGCUGCAGGAGGUCGACGACCCGAACCAACUUCGCGAGUUCAUUAUCGAUGUCAGCGUUGGUGAAGCCGAGGAAGAGACGUAUGACCGCGAGUGGACGCCUUCCAAAGACGCCGUCGAGCGCCUCUCUGUCAUGCUGAACCAGCUGGGCAGAUGGAUCCGGGAGAAGCAGGCGUCCGUCUACAUCGACCUCGUCGUGCACAGCAGCAUGGAGGAUUUCGAAGACUGGACUCACCGGCGUCUAGUGCAACCGCCAACCUUCGCAUACUUCGCCCACGAUCAACACACCGCAUUCGCCGCAGUCAACAAAGUCGACCUGUGCUUCUCGCUCCACAUUCCUCUCUCCUCCGAGAUCAAGGCCUGGGACAUCGAUCCAGACCUGCUCAUCGUCGAAGAGGAUGUAGCCACGGAAGCAGCCGCCGACAGCAAGACCGUGAGAGAGACGGAUGAUGGCAUCGCGUACGAGACGGCGGAUUCGAAGCAACAGUGCACUUGGCUCCUGUUCCCAAAGUGUCGGUCCCAUGCUGCUGGAGGAUGGUGCGGCUUUCGGCCUCAAUUCAACGGCAUUUCGCAGUGCACAUGCUGUCGCCACAAGUAG